AUGAUAAGGGUUAACAUGAUUAUCCUUUGUUUACGACAGUCUACAAGUGACCUUGUUAGUGAGAUAGAAAUUCAGGCAGACUACGUAGUGGAUGAAAUAAUCUGUCCGGGCCUCACUGUCAGCGCCACAAUCAGCCGCUUCAACGGAGCAAGCCCCGGGGACCCGAUAUUGCAACUACGGAAUCAGCUGCAGUUUAGAAACGAUUGCCCAAACAACUUGUGCAGAACGAAUCUUACUAUCCUGGCCGAAACCAAAUACACGAACGUUGAUGGCUACUUCGUAAUUGGAAACCAGGACCUUGCUAUUGAUGUAAAAGUCACGAAAACCGGAGACUCAUCUUACGGAUCUGUCUUCUAUAUGGUCUAUCCGCAAUACCUUAGCUACAAAAACAUGGAGAAAUUCCGAGGAGAAAACGACGUCACGUGUUCUUUGAUUGACAGUAAAAAUAAUGAUACAGACAUAGUUUUGAAAGAAGAAGAAUCGGCCAUAUCAUGUUUGUUUGGAAAUCCAAUGUCAAAUGAUACAGGUGUCGGCUUCCGGUUGUUUAUGAAGGUUCCGAUUUCCGUUGUAAAUGAUGAUUCUACAAUGAUGCUUCGCAUGCGUGUGACAACCUUGAGCGAGGAACUUGAACCAACAGACAACAACCAGACAAUCACUAUUAAUUUACGACAUAACCUAGAAGCCACGUUUUCAGGAAUAUCAACACGAGAACAGAUAUAUCUGGAGGAAAGUAAGGACACAUAUGACAUGGAAAAUAUAUAUGAGUUAUACAAUAAAGGCCCGAGUAUUAUGCAGUCAGCAGUUGUAGAUAUCUUGUUUCCACAGUUACAAAGUUCCAACAAAGCUCUUUUGUUUCUCAACAGAACUGAGAUUCGAUGUGAACAAAAUUGUGAAGCCAAGUGCAGUCUUGUAGAGGAAUAUACGACACCAGCCAUCUACUCCUUCUUCAAAGGCCGACUUGUAUCAAACACAGGGAAACCAGAAACGGCGCUGUCAGAUAUUCAGAAUAAUGACUGUAAACAGCAGAAGUGUUCCAAAUUCGUUUGUGCCAUUUCUAAUAUACAACCGAAGACUGGUGCAGUUAUUUACAUGAAUUAUGUUAUAGACAGGAGUAUCGAAGGUGGAAUGAAGGAAGGAAAAUCAAUGACUUUCAUCUCAACAGCCGUGGUUCAGAUAAACAAAACAAACCUUAUCAGCAAUCAGACGGAGUUUUUACAACAGCUCAGUACUACAGUAAGGAAGAGAGCGCCUAUUAAGGAGGAAAUUCCAUGGUGGAUUAUUCUUGUCAGCGUUCUUGGCGGAAUUUUGCUUAUAGCCCUAAUUGUUCUUGUACUCUGGAAGGUUGGAUUUUUCAAGCGGAAGAGGAGAGAUGAGCUUGAAAAGAGAAAAUCACAUGCUCCUGAUUCUGGAAAUAAAGUGAAUAAUGAAAAGAAGAGGGAUUCAUACACUGAUAGUGAAGGAGGAAUUAUAGACAAUGAAAUUCCACCAGCGAAUAAUGAGAAGGAAAAAUAUUGAUGGUAAACAGGUUUACCUGGUUGAACACACAUGGGUAUUUAGAAUGAAAAAAAGCUUGUAAGACUUAAUUGAUCGGUCCAAGAGGCUACAUGACUACGUAUGUGUCAGAAAAGAACAGAAAACAAAUUGCUGAACAUUUACUGUUUAUAGAGGUACUUCCUAUGGUAAAACUUGAUUUUUAUUUUACGUUAAUAUAUAUACAUUCUGUGCU